AUGUUUGAGCGACGGGCGGCUGAUCGCUAUCGUCUGCGAAUGCACCGAGCCCGCUCGGCAGUGCUGACUUCGGACGAAAUAGUUGAAGUUCGCGCCGCCCAGCGAACCUUCGAAGGUGCCUACGUCCGCACUGCCCUCUCUCAGUUCUCCUUCGCCCUCGUCGUCCUGAAGAUCUUCACCGCCGAGUUCUACAGUAUCGGAGCCCUGUUUGCCAUCUAUGGCACCGGUGUCCUCAUGAUUGGUCUGUUCCGCCGCUCGCAGGGAAACCGACAGUUCUUCUCAGAGCUAGGAGAGGAUGGUAUCCAUCGCCACAAAUUCCGGACUAGUGGGAAUGCCGUGUUGGUCCUAACUGUGCUAAGUAUCGCGGCAUACGCGUGCUUGAUCGGCCUGACUCUGAACCUGGGGCCUUAA